AUGGACCCUCCAGCUCGUCCUUCUGUCUCCCGCCCAAGGACUCGAGCCCGCCCGCCGCCGCCGCCGGAGGUGCUGCCCACUGUCAGCUUCGAAGAGGAGCUGUACGAGUGCCUGGACUACUACUACCUGCGAGACUUCCCGGCCUCCGGGGCUGGGCGCAGCAAGGGCCGGACGCGGCGCGAGCAGCAGCUACGCACCAACUAUCCGGUGCCCGGCGGCCACGAGCGCAAGGUGGCGCAGAUACUAAUCAACGGGCAGCGCAAGCGGCGCCAGCGCCAAGUGCAGCCACGGCCGCGCACACGCCUCGCCUGAGCACACGCCUCUCCUGAGCGGGAACCUGAGACAGGAAGAACUUGAGUCGGAGUCCAGCCUGGGCAUUACUGAAACCUGAAAGACCUGUUAAAAAGUAUUUUCCAGCUGUAACUGCUGUCCUCCGUGUUGGUCAACUGGACUUUUUGACAGGGUUUUAAGUUUACUGCUCUAGUCUUUUUCCUCACUAAUUAAUUAUUAAGUAAGUAGUUUCCUAGUGGGUAUGCCUUUUUAGGAUUUUUCAAUUAAAAGAGAACAGCAAGAAUGUA